GGUAUUGGUGAGGUGCAGUUUUUAGACUCUCGGGUGUGGAAGAGGAAGCCGUGAGAAAUGAACAUAAUGGGGAUCAUCAUUGCCAUGUGGCGAGGCUUUAUAGACAGUUUACGGGGGGCUGUGGUAUUGUUCUCCAUGGAUAAGCAGAUCAACGAGAAGUUGAAAAAGUCACCUUUAAAGGCUGACUCUCGUCGAAGAGAGAGUCCGAUGGGUCAUAGUCAACCUAAGAAUCCCAAGCAUCAUAGAGAAUCGAAAGUCUUAAAAAGAACGAUUCAAUGCUGCGCUUUGAACGGAGGUGUUUGUUGGACUAGUAUAAUUAUUUUUGAAUAUGGAUUAUUGCCAUUGUUAAAGUAUUUGUUAAGCAUAAUAUUUGGACAAUCACCAGGUAUGGGAAUGACGGUGUGGUCAUGGACAAAACCAUUCCUAACGAUUACUUUUAGCACGAUGUGGGUGCUUCCGCUUUUUCUACUGAGUAGAAUCGUCAAUAGCUUAUGGUUUCAAGAUAUAGCGGAUAGUGCAUAUAGAUAUCGCCAAGGAAGGCCUAUGCUUUUGUCAAGCGUCAGUAAACUUAUUGCCGAUAUGUUGUUUAGUGUAUUGGUACAAGCUUUGUUUUUAGGACAGGGAGUUCUAGUUUCUAAAAUGCCAUUGCCACCCAUUGGCGAUGUUCUUGCACUUGUUCAUAUGUGCCUUCUUUAUGCCCUGUAUGCCUUUGAGUACAAAUGGUUCAAUAUGGGUUGGGAAUUGCAUAGACGACUUACAUUUAUCGAAUGCAAUUGGCCUUAUUUUGUUGGAUUUGGUUUGCCCCUUGCGUUAUCCACUCAGUUAGCAAACUCGUAUGUUAUAAGUGGCUGUGUGUUCUCCAUACUUUUUCCAUUAUUUAUUGUUAGUGGAAAUGAAGCCGAACCCGUUACGGACGUUUGCGAUUGUCCAUUAAAGCUAUUUUCACCAGUGGUUGCAAUAGCCAAUACUUUAUUCAAUAAAACAAUUGGUCCUGCAAAAAGACGGUGACAAAAGAACAGUUUAAAAAAUUUAUCGCACAAAAACAUUGACAAUUAAGUUAUUUGA